GUGGGGAGCGUGACACCUCUAUCUGUCUGUUUAUGCCUCUCUCUCUUUUACUGGCUUCUGGUCAGACUAAGGGAGAUAGAGACAAAAGAGAGACAGGGUUGGAGGGACUUUACUCGCUCCUGGAUGGUGAAUCCACAGAGCUCUGUGGGAUCAGAGGCAUACCACUGAGCUGAAGACAUCUACAGAAAAGAAGAAGUGAAUGACAGUGAGUGAGUGACAGCAGAGAUCCAGCGUAAUGAUUCCAAAUUUUUCUCCUUGACCAAGACACAAUAACAACACUUCUAGACAUACAGACACACACAGAUCUGGAGCAGAUCCAGGAUGGAGCUGUACCUGGCCUUUCUGCUGGGGAUCCUGCCCACUGCAGCUCAAGCAGAAUGGCGGCGUCCUGUGAUCAAGCUAAACUCAGAGGUCGUGGUUGGGCCUGAAGUAGUACUGAACCCUGGCACCCCAUUGGUCCUGAGGUGUGAGGGGGAUGGGCCAGUCAACUGGCUAACCCGGUUGUCCAAACACAAGAGCUUAAUCUCCAAGGGCAACGGGAGUGUCAGAACCUUCACGGUGGACCGUCCCUCUGCAGAACACACUGGGACAUAUAAGUGUGAAUAUACCAGUGGGAACGUCAAGGGCCGGGACUUGUUCUCUACGGUGCACGUAUAUGUUAAAGACCCAGACAGCCUGUUUUGGACCAGCAGCACAUCCCUGCGUGUGGUGAGGAAGGAGGGGGAGGACCACCUGCUCCCCUGCCUGCUGACCGACCCAGAGGCCACAGACUUGGGGCUCCGCAUGGACAACUGUACCUCCGUGCCCCCAGGGAUGAACUACACAGCAGACCCCCGCAGAGGCAUUCUCAUCCGCAACCUCCACCCCAGCUACAAUGCUGACUAUGUCUGCAGCGCCAAACUCCACGGGGUGGAGAGGACUUCCAAGACUUUCAACCUCAACAUCAUCCAAAGGCUGCGUUUCCCACCUUAUGUAUUCCUGGAAAAGAAUGAGUAUGUUCAUAUCGUGGGCGAGAAGCUGAGCAUCCACUGCACCACACACAACCCCAACUUCAACUAUAAUGUCACGUGGAAUUACAGCUCCAAAAAGAGAUUUACAAUAGAGCAGAAAGUCCAAUCAGUGGACAGUAACCGUCUGGACAUUGAAAGCAUCCUGACCAUCCCUGUAGUGGACCAGUCAGACACAGGCAACAUUACCUGCAUCGGCACCAACGAGGCUGGAGUCAACAAAUCCACCACCUCCCUGAUGGUUGUAGAGGAGGCCUACAUCCGUCUUUCUCCCCAGCUAUCCUCCAAGCUGGCUCAGCAGGGCCUGUCCAUUGACGUGAACGAGGGGGAAGACCUGAAACUCAGUGUCCUGAUCGAGGCGUACCCUCAGAUCAUAGGCCAGCACUGGGACACCCCUACAGCCUCCUCCACGCAGGAACAAACCUUUACACGCUAUAACAACAGGUAUUCCGCAACCCUGCUGCUCAAGAGGAUGAUUGCACAGGAGCAGGGCCAGUACACCUUCUAUGCCAGGAGUUCCAUGGCCAACGCAUCCAUUACAUUCCAAAUCCAAAUGUAUCAGAGGCCGGUUGCCGUGGUGAGAUGGGAGAACAUCACCACCCUCACGUGCACGUCGUUCGGUUACCCUGCUCCCAUAAUCCUCUGGUACCAGUGCUCUGGAAUCCGAACCACGUGCAAUGAGAACGCAACAGGUCUCCAGAUGCCUGCUCCUCUCUUGGCCCAAACAGUCGAGGUCCGGAGGGAGGAGUAUGGAGCGGUCGAAGUCCAGAGCGUCCUGACAGUGGAACCGUCCAGCCAUAGGAUGACCGUGGAGUGUGUCGCCUUCAACCUGGUCGGAGUCAGUAAAGACACCUUCGCCAUGGAAGUUUCCAAUAUAAUGUUCACCUCCACUCUAUUGGGAGCAGCUGGUGUUCUGGCCUUUCUCCUCCUGCUACUCAUGGUCCUGCUCUACAAGUACAAACAGAAACCGAGAUAUGAGAUCCGGUGGAAGAUCAUCCAGGCCAGUGAAGGAAACAACUACACCUUUAUCGACCCGACUCAGAUGCCGUACAAUGAGAAGUGGGAGUUUCCCAGGGACAAGCUCAAGCUAGGAAAGAUCCUUGGAGCCGGGGCCUUUGGGAAGGUGGUGGAGGCCACAGCCUAUGGUCUGGGGGAGGACGACAACGCAAUGCGAGUGGCUGUAAAGAUGCUCAAAGCCAGGGCCCACUCAGAUGAGAGAGAGGCUUUGAUGUCAGAACUGAAGAUUCUGAGUCACCUGGGACAGCACAAGAACAUUGUCAACCUCCUGGGAGCCUGCACUCAGGCGGGACCUGUACUGGUGAUCACUGAGUACUGUAGUCAUGGCGACCUUCUGAACUUCCUGCGACACAAGCAGGAGACCUUCCUGAACUUUGUCAUGAACAUACCAGAAGAGACCAGUGACUACAAGAACCUCUGUGAGGGGAAACAGUUCAUUAGAAGUGAUAGUGGGAUAUCCAGUGUGUGUUCUGACAGCUACCUGGAGAUGAGGCCUGGUCCCCAGCCUGUCAACUCCUCUCUGGAUUCUGUGUGUGAGGAUGGUGGGCCGGACUCGUGGCCGUUGGACAUGGAGGACCUGCUGAGAUUCUCCUACCAGGUGGCUCAGGGCCUGGACUUCCUUGCAGCCAAGAACUGUAUUCACCGGGACGUUGCAGCCCGGAACGUUCUCCUGACAGACCGCCGUGUGGCUAAGAUCUGUGACUUCGGCCUGGCACGUGACAUCAUGAAUGACUCCAACUAUGUGGUGAAGGGCAAUGCGCGUCUGCCAGUGAAGUGGAUGGCUCCAGAGAGUAUCUUUGACUGUCUCUACACUGUCCAGAGUGAUGUCUGGUCCUAUGGGAUCCUGCUAUGGGAGAUCUUCUCUCUAGGAAAGAGCCCCUACCCCAGUAUCCUGGUGGAUAUUAAAUUCUACAACAUGAUAAAGUGUGGUUAUCAGAUGUCUCAACCAGACUUCGCACCUCCAGAGAUGUAUACAAUCAUGAAAAUGUGCUGGAAUCUGGAGCCAACAGAGCGACCGACCUUCAGCAAGGUCAGCCAGCUGAUUGAGAGAUUACUGGGUGAGCAGCCAGAACGUCCAGACCAGGAGCACCAGAACGUCCAGCUGCAGCAGGACAUGAUGGUUGAGGAGUUGGAGCUGUGUGAUGAUAAUGAUGAGCCUAAGUGUUGUGACGGCUCCUGUGACCAGUCGUGUGAGCACGAAGAGGAGGAGCAACCACUGGUGAAGACCAAUAACUAUCAGUUCUGCUGAAAGCAUAAUUCUAUUUCUAUGUCUGACAGCUCCGACAUCAUCAAACUAUCCACAUUCUGAUCUGGAAUUCGUCCACUUUCUAUCUUCUCCUGCUCACUGUAGAAUCAUUCUGGCAGCACAGAUAUUUUGUUAAAGCAGUGAAAAGCAAUUUUUACGCCCUGUUUUACACUGUAUACAGACAGGAAGCUGAGAGAGUCAUGUCAUGUGACUUGUUAUAUCCCAUGACAAGUUUUGGAAAAACAAAGGCGAGAAAUAAUCUAUCACAGAUAGUGCCUUAUUUGUGUAAUUAAUACAUAUAAUGCCUUAAUUUACAUUAAUUACUCUUCUUUGUAUGUUUUGGAGAUUAUAUUUUAAAUCUAUGCACGAAAGAUGCACCUACCGUGACAGAACAGAUUGUGUUGCUCACAGCAUUUUGUAGGCUAUUUGUCCUUUUAAUGUCCAUUAUAUUCUUCUGUAGCCACUACGGUGAGGGUUUAUCUAUUAUCUGUGGGAAAUGGGAAUGAAUGCUGGUGGCGUUUAAAUUGACAUUUGUCAGCGGGUUCACUUUCACAUUGUAGGACUACCUUUUUUCAACAUGCUAUGCAGCAGCAAGACAGUACAUUCACAUUUACAUUUUAGUCAUUUAGCAGACGCUCUUAUCCAGAGCGACUUACAGUAGUGAAUACAUUUCAUACAUUUUUUUUUCUUCCGUACAGUAGCAAACAAUGCAAUUGUAUAAUUUCUGCUACAGUAUAUUUGAGCAUGUUCUAUAUUUGUAUGAUGGCUUAGUUUGAUGCUGGAUGUAAUAACAUGAGAUACAAUCUAACUGGGGACCACAUUCUAUGUAUUGUCCUUCAGCCUAAACAUGCUGCAUGAACCAUUGAAAUGGAUAUUGAGACGCUAUUUACGUCAAUGAAAGCAUGUGUAUUGUUCUUUUAUCUCUAGUCAUAGUUGUUUCGUAUGACAGUCACAGUAUCUUCUGAGUUACUCUCGUGUUGACAGAAUCACGCAGCUGACUAAAUGACGCAAGAUUUUAGUUGUGUGUUAAGCAAUAUUACUUCAGACUCAGCCAGUCGAUGGCAACAUGUGAUUGUCACAUCGACAUAUAGCCUAUAUGCUACAGUAGGGAAUGAAAGGCAGAUAAAACUGUGUAAGGAAAUCUGUGGAUCACAGUAUGGACAACACAAAGGCUUUGUUUUUGAUUGAUUCAACCGAUUCUUUAUUUCUGUAACACUCAAUAUUUUGAUGCUCAUUCAUUCAUCAGUUCAUCAUUUUUUGGGGGGUCAAUUAUGCUGUAAAAAUGUUGAUUCAUUGUAUUGAAUGUAGAAUUCAGCUAAUACUGCCUGCUGUAAUUUUGAUGAUUGCAGAUGCGAGCUCUACGUCAGAGUAAAAGCUAUAUGUCAGCUGUAAAUCAGAAUUGUUGUAAGGCAUUUACUCGGAUUGUCAGCAGCUAUUCUCAAUACUGAGUUGUAAGCAGAGAAAAGUAUGAGCUUUUUAUUAAAGGGAUGUUCAAUUGCAUAUUCAUCAUCUCCAGCACCACCCCAACAUCAACAUGUGAAAAUGGAGCGUUUCUAUGUUUUUUUGUUGUAAAAAAGAUAAAGAUAAGUAUUUCCAUUGACAUCAUUGGUGUGCAUAAUGUGAUUUUAAGCAUUUAUGAGUAGGCAUUGUCUUCUAAUUGCUUGAUGAUGCCACUGCAACACAGGCUGCCGUUACACGAUGCAACUUGCAUGCAAUUUUAGUUGCUUCUUCAUUGCUUUGUGAAAUAAUAAGCAACUAAUCUGCAACUUGGCUGCAAGCAACAACCAAUCAAAACAAACACUUUUGUCACAUUAUCCAUUUGAAGGUUAGGAAUUCUGACCCAGUUGUCAUGUCAACACAGCUGUCAGUGCUGUGCAGCACCAUCAGUGGUCAAGGUUGACAGAACAGAGACUAGCACAACAGGAGAUGUAUACAAAUGAUUGUACAUGGUUUAGCAGUCAAUAAAUUAUAUUUCAAACAAAAAAUGUCCACCGUGAACUGUGCUAGCUAGCUAGCUGUGUUGGUGUUUGCAAUGUCCUUUUGGCAAGCUAACAAGCUAAAUUGUACAUAAUGCAUAUCUUCUAUAUCCUUGCUGUUACAAUAACCAAAUGGUUGGAUAAACAACUCAUUUGUGAAACCACAAUGUAAUGCAGCAGAAGACAUGGGGAGAGUUUAGAAUUCUCAAACAAGCAGCUUCAAUUUGAUUGGCUGUUGCAUGCAAAUGUAAUCACGUUUGAGUAGCUUCAUGUAACAGCAAAGUUGCUUGAGAUUAUGUCACUUGCAACCUGCAUCUGUAGCGAAAAUGUCGUGAAAGUUGCUUCGUGUAACUCCAGCCUUAUCUUCCACUAUCUUUUUUACUACAAAAUAUAGAAACGCAUAAUUUUCACAUAUGUUGAUGUUGUGGUGGUGCUGGAGAUGAUGCAUAUGAAGUAAAAAGAUUUUGAAAUGCCCCUUUAACUGUAUGUAUGAUAUACACUGAGUAUACAAAAUAUUAAGAACACCUGCUCUUUCCAUGACAGACUGAACAGGUGAAAGCUAUGAUCCCUUAUUGAUGUCACUUGUUAUAUCCAAUUCAAAUCAGUAUAGAUGAAUGGGGAGGAAGGUUAAAUAAGGAUUUUUAAGCAUUGAGACAAUUGAAACAUGGAUUGUGUAUGUGUGCCAUUCAGAGGGUGAAUGUGCAAGACAAAAACGUAAGUGCCUUUGAACGGGGUAGGUGCCAGGUGCACCGGUUUGUGUCAAGAAUUGCAAUGCUGCUGAGUUUCACGCUGUGUAUCAAGAACGGUCCACCACCCAAAGGACAUCCAGCCAACUUGACACAACUGUAGGAAGCAUUGGAGUCAACAUAGGCCAGCAUCCGUGUGGAACGCUUUCGACACCUUGUAGAGGUGGGGGUGCAACUCAGUGUUAGGAAGGUGUUCCUAAUGUUUGGUAUACUCAGUGUAAUGUAAAUGUUAUUUUUACUUUACUGCUAGAAGGCAAAGGGCAACUCUGAAACUUGAAUAAAUAUAUUUUUCUGGC